AUGGCACGCACCUCAGACUCUGAUCACUGCAGACUGGAGGCCAUUGUCCGGCCAGAUUGUAUCAUUGAGAGCCAUGAGAUUUCAGACGCUGCGCGAGGCUGGCGGAGGGUCCCAGUCACCAAAGUAUGGAGAACAGAACGCGUUCUCGGACAUGGUGGCUUUGGGGAAGUACACCUGCAGUGCUUGGAUUCUGACAAGAAGACAACAAGGGCGCUAAAAAUCAUCCCAAAAAGAGGAUUGUCAAUGUCUAACGCCGAUUGUCAAAGAGAGCUCAUGGCAAUGGUUGAGUUCAAGAAGCCUAAGUACAGGGAAGCCGCAGUCUUCGUCGACUUCUUCGGCUGGUUUCAAAACGACAGUGCCAUGUUCUUGGCCAUGGAGUAUAUGUCACUCGGUGACCUCGAGCAAAACCUACAAGAAAUCGAAAACUCUCCUACACAUGAAGGCCCUGCUUUAUCGGAAGAGGAGACUCAAGUGGUUACACGACAGAUAUUAGAGGGUCUGAACAUUAUGCAUACAGAAGGGUUUGCUCAUCGUGAUUUGAAGCCUCAGAAUGUGUUUGUUGUUCAAAAACAGCCUCAAUGGUGGGUAAAGCUUGGAGACUUUGGACUCAGCAAACAGCGAACAGAUCAAACGGCUUUCCGCACGCAAGCAGGCACUCAGCAAUAUAUGGCACCAGAGCUGUUUUAUUAUGUGCCGGACCUGGAUACGGAAACCUCGGAAUAUACAAGUGCAAUCGACCUGUGGGCACUCGGAUGUGUCGUAUACCGGGUUAUUACGGGUGCAGUUCCAUUUCCUAGCUUGCUUUCUCUGAGGAAUUUCUGCCGAGACCCAUCAAAGGUUCCGCUCAAUAUACCACCUACAAUGGUGAAUGCUGGAAAAUUCGCAGAAGCAUUGCUACAGCCAUCUCCUGUAAGGCGUCCUUCGGCAAGCGGCGCACUUGCAUCUACAUGGCUCACACAAAAGAGUAGGCCCAAUAUUGGCCUACAAAAUAUGCAAUCAACAUUUGCUUCAAUGAGCAUGUCUGCUAGCCAGAAUGAUUACAACACUGCAUCUCAUAAAGGCCUUCAGUCGCACUACUUCAUGCCAACUACGAUUCCUGCACCACAGGAACCAUCCGUCAACGGGCCCUUAUCGGAACCUUUGCCGUUAUUAACACGGCGGCCAGUUCAGGAAUCGAAGAAUUCCAAUUCUUCGCAUCCGAUUGAUUCCAAGACUAUACGGCCCUACAGAGACACCACCACCGGACCAACAGAGGCCGAAAACCAUGAUGCUGAGGCUCUGAAAUCUCUGGGCAAUGCCGCAAUGGGGAAGAAAGAUUAUCCUAAAGCAAUAGAUCUUUACACAAAAGCUUUAACUAUCACCCCCGGAGCUGCAGUCUAUCUUUCUAACCGAGCAGCCGCUCAUAUUGGCUCGGAGAAAUAUGCGGCUGCAUGUGCUGACGCCGAGGCUGCCGUAGCUGCAGAUCCGAAAUACGCAAAGGCGUGGGUUCGCUUAGCAACUGCGAGACUGGCCCUCGGUGACAUUGGAGGUAGCGUUGAUGCAUAUACUAAGGGCAUCGAGUACGCAGGCCAUGGAGGUAGUGAGGGUGCGAGGAAGGGGCUCGAAGCUGCGAAGAAGAAGCUUAAGCAGUUGGAGGAAGAUGAAUUUGAGGAUGAUCUAGAACCAGUGCAAAUUGGUAAAAGGAAACUGUCGUGGGACUCUUUAGAAGGCAAUACAGGGUUAGAUUCAGACGAAAUUUCUACCAGACCAAGGAAACUGUCGUGGGACUCUUUAGAAGGCAAUACGGGGUUAGAUUCAGACGAACUUUCUACCAGACCAAGUAAGCCGGGAUUAUUCUUCCGACUAUUCAAGAAGGAUCGAGACGCCGAGGCUUUUAGAACCCAGCCAACCUUGUCACGCCCUCAGCGAAUGCCUAUCCUGGUCAAAACCUUUACCGGAAAAACCAUCGAAUUGUCUGUUUAUGAAACCGAUUCUAUCGGACAUGUGAAGGAUGCGAUCGAAGAGAAAGAAGGUAUACCACCGGAUCAACAACGCCUGAUAUAUGCAGGGGGAAAGCUUGAAGAUUAUCGUUCUUUGGCUUCGUACCAUGUCCUACCGCAUGGAAUCCUUUACCUUCUCAUUUCAAGAUCGUAUACAUAUCUGUAG